AUGUCACAGGAACCAACAGAAACUGUAGACAUAUUUGUUACUCGAUUACUUGAAAAGGCAGCAUUCUGUGAUUUCGGGGAUCGUGUUUGUACUGAUGAAAUGAUAAGGGACCACGUGAUCGAGAAAUGUAGUUCAUCUCGGUUAAGGAGGAAAUUUUUGGAGACACGCAAUAUAACAUUAGUUCAAGUCAGAGAAAUAGCACAGACAUAUGAAAUGGCACAAAAGGCUGCUAGUUUGAUGGAAAUGGGGUCCCCCGGAGGACAUGACCGAGGGGAUAUCAACAAAGUGAAAGCGAAACCGAAACCAGGUUAUAGCAACCAAUGUUAUGCUUGUGGUUAUACAGGACAUAUCAAGAGUGAUCCAAAAUGUCCCGCUAAGGAACGCAAAUGCCGAAAGUGUUAG